UUGUGCCACAUUCCCUCCUCUCCAUCCAGAGCAGAAAACCUCCUCCACGAUGGCCAGCUACUCUCGCUCCGCAACCUUCUCCACUGGAAACCGCCUCGGGUCCAUGAGGUCCCCCAGUGUGUACGGCGGCGCCGGAGGCUCCGGGGUCCGCAUCUCCAGCAUGGCCGCUCCCAGAAGCUUCUCUUCUGCCAGCGGCGUUGCUGCUGCUGGAGGCUUCAACCUGGCCGACGCCGUCGACAUCUCAGACAACAAGAAGAUGGCCAUGCAGAACCUGAACGACCGCCUGGCCACCUACUUGGAGAAGGUGCGCAACCUGGAGAAGGCCAACGCUGAGCUGGAGCUGAAGAUCAGGCAGUUCCUGGAGAACAAGACCAAACCCGCGGGCCACGACUACUCUGGAUUCAAGGUCAUCAUCGGUGACCUACAGGACCAGAUCUUCGAUGCCACCCGUAAAAAUGGCGCCCUCUACCUGUCAAUCGACAACGCCAAGCUGGCUGCUGACGACUUCAGGGUCAAGUACGACAACGAGCUGGCCAUGCGUCAGGGCGUGGAGGCCGACAUCGCCGGGCUGAAGAGAGUCCUGGACGAACUGACUCUGGGAAGAUCAGACCUGGAGAUGCAGAUCGAGGCUCUGAGGGAGGAACUCAUCCAGCUCAAGCGGAACCACGAGGAGGACCUGCUGGCUCUGCGGACUCAAAUGAGCGGUCAGGUAAAUGUGGAGGUGGACGCCGCUCCUCAGAUGGAUCUGUCCACCGUCAUGUCCAACAUGAGGGAACAGUACGAGAGUGUUGCUUCCAAGAACCAAAGAGAACUCGAGUCCUGGUUCCGGGCCAAGUCCGAUGAUCUCAACAAGGAGGUCGCCGUCAGCACCGAGACUCUUCAGUCAUCACGCUCCGAGAUCACAGAGGUCAAACGGACUCUCCAGGGUCUGGAGAUCGAGCUCCAAGCUCAGCUUAGCAUGAAAGCGUCUCUGGAGGGAACGCUCUCCGACACCAACAGCAGAUACGGGACCAUGUUGGCCGGUUACCAGAGGCAGGUGUCGGCUCUGGAGGAGCAGCUGGCCCAGCUGAGGGCCGACCUGGAGCGCCAGGGACAAGAGUACCAGAUGCUGCUGGACAUCAAGACCAGGCUGGAGCUGGAGAUCGCAGAGUACAGGAGGCUGCUGGACGGAGAGAUGCUGGGCUCGACCACCACCACCACGACUCGCAGAGUGGUGAUCGUCACCAAAGAGGUGGUGGAGGACAAUGACACGACCGAGUGGAGCGACAAAGAUCUAAAGAUCUGAAGACCUAAAGAUCUGAAGAUCUAAAGAUCUGAAGACCUGAAGAUCUGAAGACCUAAAGAUCUGAAGAUCUGAAGAUCUGA